UUCUUGUUCCUCGUCCUCCACCUCCUCUCUCCAAACAAAUAACUAAUCUCUUCCUUUCUUCCGAUCGCCGGACUUUGUUUUUUCCGGUGACGAUUAUUUCUCACUUUUUUUUUACCCCUUUUUUUUAAUUAAUUUAAAGGAUCAAAAAAACCCCCUUUGAUCUGAGUCCGGCGUAGUGAGAAAGAGGAGAGAUCUCAUUGAAAUGAUCUUCUGCCCUUCGAUUUUUGUAUGGCACCGGCGGUUUUGGCUAACUUAAACGAACCGUUGUUUCAGGGACAAUGUGGCGCCGUUUUUAUGAGGAAAUACACUAACCAACCCCUUUCCGAUGCUAUCAACAACCCUAACCCUAACCCUAACCCUAAUCCUUACGGCGGGAACAAUUCCACCAAGCAGUUCGACGAUUCGUUAGCUUCUGGAGACUACGUCUCCUUUGAGCUUGAUGGGUACUCCGCGAGUCAGCUCAGGGAGCUGAAGAAGCGUCUCAAUUCCGAGCUCGAGCAAGUUCGGUUCCUGAGAGAACGGUUCGAAUCGGGUGGGUUCGUGAGUGGCUCUGUGUAUACUAAUCAAGCUCGUAGCUUUGCUGACGAAACGAAUGACGUUGGAGUGAAGCAGACGAAGACGAAGAAGAAGAAGAAGACAUUUGGGCAUGGUCAGAAACGAAGCAAUCCGUUUGAUACGAACGAGCCUCAAUUUAAGCGUCAUCAUGUGGUGGCUUUGGAUCUGAUGUCGGAGAAGGUUUUGAAGAGUAUGAUGACGAGUUGUGGUCAGAUCUUGGUGAAGCUGAUGAAGCAGAAAUGGUCAUGGGUGUUCAACAAUCCUGUUGAUGUGAAAGGUUUAGGGCUUCAUGACUAUCAUGUGAUCGUGAAGAAGCCUAUGGAUCUGGGUACGGUGAAGGGGAAUCUUGAUAAGGGCUUUUACAGAUCGCCGAUUGCUUUCGCUUCUGAUGUCAGGUUGACUUUCACCAAUGCCAUGUCGUAUAACCCAAAGGGCCAAGACGUUUAUUUGAUGGCUGAGAAGCUUCUGGGUCAGUUUGAUGUUUGGUUCAACCCUACAUUGAAGAGGUACGAGGCUCAGGAGCUUAAAGUCAUGGGAUCAUCUUCUCGUCCUGAACCUGAACCUGAACCUGAACUCAACCAAAGAAUGUGGAAUCAGAAUCAGGUGGUGGAGCAUGUGAGGAAAGGACCUGAACAGAUUUCUAUAGCUAAAAAGCUAGAUUCAGUGAAGCCGUUACCUGCAUUGCCUCCUCCUCCUCCAGUAAUGGAGAUAAAUCGUGUCCCAUCUCCUCCUCCGUCACCGGUUCAGCCACCACCACCAUUACCUCCCCAGCCGGUUAGCCAAGUUGAAGCACGAGUUGAAGUGGGUGAAACGAAUAAGGGAAGGAAAGGGAAGUUACCGAAACCAAAGGCUAAGGAUCCAAACAAGAGGCUAAUGACGAUGGAAGAAAAAGCAAAGCUUGGUGUAAAUCUACAAGAAUUGCCUACUGAGAAGCUGGGACAGUUGAUUCAGAUUCUGAGGAAGAGAACAAGAGACUUACCUCAAGACGGCGAUGAAAUUGAGUUAGAUAUUGAAGCUUUAGACAAUGAGACUCUGUGGGAGCUUGAACGUUUUGUCACUAACUACAAAAAGAUGGCUAGCAAGAUCAAGCGGCAAGGUUUUAUUCAAAAUGCGUCAACUCCACCAAGAAAUCUGCCUAUGGUGACAGAAAUGGGAAGUGCUGAGAAGAGAGGGAGGAAAGGAGGGGAGGCAGGAGAAGAAGAUGUAGACAUUGGAGAAGAUAUACCCAUUGAGGAUUAUCCAUCAGUAGAGAUUGAGAGGGAUGGUACAGCCGCUGCUGUGAGUGGUGGAUCUAGUUCUUCUGGCAGCUCUAGUUCCAGUGGCAGUUCUUCGUCUAGUGAUUCGGAGUCAGGGAGUUCAUCAGGAAGUGAUUCUGAUGCGGAUAGUGUCCAAUCUCCAUUUGUGGAGGCAAAAGAAGCUCCUUAAUAACACUGUUGAGGAAGGAAGAUAUUCGUAGAUUUGUUACCUUCCAUUGCUUGAAUGCCCGAUGAUAUAAGCAAGACAAGAAUUGGAGUAUCUGGCGGAGGUGGAACUUUGGUGUAAAGGGAAAUGAGGAUGGAAACUCGAAAGGAAAGUUUUUGAGUGUUAGGGAAAGAGUAGAUAGAGAGAAAAAAUGUAAAGGGUAGUUUAGAGAUCUCUAGGUUGAGCAAGAAGUGGAAGAGUUUUUCUUUUUCUCUUUCAGAUUAAGGUUUCUUUAGUUCCUUUAGAUUAUUGGUGACACCAUGAACAGAGGUUUGAGAGUGACUGAGUAAAGGGACGUGAGGAGGAUAUCUAUUGAUGGGUUUGUUUGUUCAAUUUUGUCUCUUUGUUCUUAUUCGGGAAGAAAGAAGAAGAAGUUGGUACCAAGAAAGAACAAUGUAAUGGAAAAUGCGUUAUGGUUGGAAGAUAAAAUAAAUAUCUCUGUUCGUUUU